GUUCAUGCACAUAUUGAUUGUUUGUGUCUAAUCUGGAGGAUAGCAUUUACGCAAAUAUGCUUCUUAUCUGUUUAAUAAAAUCAGCAUACAAUUAUGUAUUUUGAAUAUUUUAGAAUUCUGUGUAUAUGACUAUUAUAUGAAUGUUAUAUACAUAACUAAACUUGUCUCAUGUUUACGUAUAAUUUAAAGAAAUUGAGACUAUUUGAAAUGGAUUAGAAACAGUCUUUUUGAAAGUAAACUUACGGAGGACUUAAUCAUUAUUUUGUUUACUAGUACAAGUAUUCGUGAAACAGUCUUUCAGUUUAGAAAUGAUGCAUUGCGACCGUAAUAUAUUGAUUUGGCUGACAACUUCAGCCAUUAUAGCAUCGAGUGUCUCCUUUUUACGUGGUUUUGUAUCAAAAACUACAGACAUAAAUCAACAACUCAGUUAUCCUCUUGAAAAUAUAGAAAAAGUAUCUAUUGAAACAAGAAAAAUAUUUAAGUUAACUAACGAAAAGGAGUUCAAGCUGAAAGAAGAUGCAGUAUAUCGCAAACAAGUGUUCAUGGCAAAUUAUCGACCAGUUAAAAACUCUGCUGGUGUAAACUGCACAAAAAUAAUUUACAAUGAUAAACGUGAAAUAUCAAACGCACAGAACAUCAUGACAAAACCUGUGUCUGUGAAAUCAAAACUUACACCAGACUUUUACUCGAACAUUACAAAAAACUGCGAUUUGUUUCGUGACUCCAGGGGCUAUAUUGAACAUCCGCUUUCUAAAGCAGAGUUUGAAUUUCCUGUUGCAUUUUCGCUACUAGUUUACAGAGACAUUGAACAAGUUGAGCGACUCUUGCGUUCAAUAUAUCGACCUCAUAAUUUCUACUGCAUACACAUAGAUUCGAAAACGGAUAUAACUGAGAGGGAGGCCUUCCAAAAAAUUGCAGAUUGUUUACACAACGUGUUUAUUGCGGUCAAAUCAGUUGAUGUACGAUGGGGAGACUUUACAAUCCUGGAGGCAGAACUCGUAUGCAUGAAAACGCUUUGGGUGUAUAAGCAAUGGAACUAUUACAUUAACCUUGCUGGACAGGAAUUUCCAUUGAAAACAAACCGCGAGAUAGUGGCUAUCCUUAAAAGCCUUGAGGGGGCAAACGUUGUGGACGGAUCUAUGGAAAAAGCGAAGAAAGUCUACUCCGAACGCUGGAAAAUGGCAAAAUGGCCACCGCCACAUAAGAUACAACUUGUGAAAGGAUCUAUGUAUAUUGCAGUUAAUAGGCACUUUGUCGAUUUCUGCCUACAUGACCCAAGGUCACAUAAAUUCCUAACAUGGUUAAGGAUAACAGAAAACCCAGAUGAGACGUUCUUCGCUUCAUUGAAUAAUAACCCGCAUUUAAGAAUCAUAGGAUCUUUCCUUGGUGAAGCUGAGGAAUAUCCUUUGAAGCCGUUUUUUCUUCGUCACGUCAUCUGGAAGUUUCCCGGAGGAAUAAGCUGCUCUGGAAAGUUCGUUAGAGAGGUGUGCAUACUUGGAGUUGAAGAUCUUGGCAGGGCUUACAAUAGUAUUGAGUUAUUUGCUAACAAAUUUCAUCUUGAUUUUGAACAUAUAGCUCUUGAUUGUUUAGAAGAACUGUUAUAUGAAAGAACAUGGAAAGAGUAUAUUGAAGACAUUCCUAUUGAUAUGUCUUAUUAUAAACAUUUACACUACGCAAAAAUGCAGUUAAAACCAUGACAGAUAAGCACUCGCGGUUCGCAAAGAACAUUUAUUAUAUGCGCUUGAUAUUCGUAAACUGGUCGUUUCUUGUGCUUUACCUGUUCUGUGUUGGGACAACGAUAAAAAUAAAAUCAAUAAGGCCUCACCAAAUUAAAAAGUUGUUCAUCGGAUUUGCCGCUCGUAUAUUUUCAAAAACACAAAAAAAUGGCUUGCGCUCGCCUCACUGAAAAAAGUCGAUCCAAAAUUUUUUGGUGCGCUACUUUUUACGGACGUAAAAGUGUAUAAAUGCUUAUAAUUCCAGUCCCAGAUUGUUCUCAAAUGGAUUUUAAUCAAAAUAAAUACAUACUACGCACACAUCGUCUAUAAUAAAUCAUAACACUUAUAUUUAGUUGCAUUAAAGUUAUUUCCCCUGUAUGCAGUUACGUCAUUUUCUUCAAAUGUUUACCAAAUUACAUGCUACAAAAAUCGGUUUAUUUCAUUGAAAACUGGAUGAAGAAAAACAUACUAAUUUAUUUGAUAACAUCAAUCUACAUUAUUUUGGUAAGGGUAAAUACUUAUUGAUGCAUGUCACUUAUCUGUUUUUCUGUUUUUUCCUGUCCAAAUGAUCAGCAUUUGCAUACGAAAGUUGGUGGGGUAAGGAAUUUACAUUUAAUACGAGUUGUUUUCAACAAAUUUAAUAUGUCAUGAAAGUUUAAAGUUAGAAAAAGAGCUGUACAUAAGACAUCAUGCUCGAGUGUUCUGAAUCAGAGCAUUGCCAGUAAAAGGGGCAUAAUAGUCAGAAGCUAUUAAAGUACAGAGCUAUUGGUCAUUAGAUCUAUAUAAAACUUAAUUAAAAAUAUUCUAUGUUAAAAAGGGACAUAACGCUGUCUAGAUUCAGACUUAAGAGUAUUGUUUCUCCUGGUGUAGACUUUGACAGUAAAUAACUGUUCUAAGUUUCAAAUCAGAAGCUUUAAUAGAUCUAGUAACACUCGCAUAGAUAUUUGAUGUAUCAAAAACUUUGUAAAUUCAGCUAAGAAUGCUACAUUUUCAUAGCAGUAAAUAUUCAAGUCACAUAUGUAUGUGAAAAGUAUGGUGUAAGGUUAUGCAUUGUUGUUUAUUACAUAUUUUCUAACAGCAUUUUCAAAAGCAUGCAUUAUUUGAUUGCAGUGUACUGUAUGACAAUGUUAUUACCUUUUUUUUACGAGUUCGCUUUGUUGUGCGUCUGCAGGUCAGAUUUUCUCAAUCACGGGGACUUACUUUUUAAUUUAAAAGGGCUAUACAUUCUAUUUUAAGGUUUUUAUUAGUCAGUCGAGAGCCAAAUGAGGACAAAUAUAUUUCUCCGCUCUUCGCUCGCUCCUGAUUUUCUCAAAAACCAAAAAAAAUAUUUAAAUUAUUUUUUCGCUCGCCGCCUCAAAUUUUUCAGAAAAAAAUCCGAUGAACAACUUAUCAAUUUGGUGUGGCCUAAUGCGUUUGCAUGAUGUCGAUAUGAAUAUAUUAUUGACCGUGUA